UGCGUGGGGACAUCGCGUUCGGGUGUUGAUCAUGUUGUGGCAGUGAACGUACCUGGACACGAUGCACGCGUUGUUCGGGGAACAAGGACACUAUGCGUACCGCAGCGGAGCCCCGGGGGGCUACUCCGCCGGGGUCACUCCGUACGCCUACGAGCAGUACCAUCGAUACGGCUACGGGCCGCCCUAUCUGCAUCCGCACCAGCAGCACGUCGGGACUCCGAAAGACAUGGUCAAACCGCCGUACUCAUACAUCGCUCUCAUCGCGAUGGCGAUACAGAACGCACCCGAUCGCCGAAUAACACUUAACGGUAUCUAUCAGUUCAUCAUGGAGCGGUUUCCCUACUACAGAGAAAAUAAACAAGGUUGGCAGAAUUCGAUUAGGCACAAUUUAAGUCUCAACGAAUGUUUCGUUAAAGUGGCGAGAGAUGAUAAAAAGCCUGGCAAAGGCAGCUACUGGACUUUAGACCCCGACUCUUAUAAUAUGUUCGACAACGGCUCCUACUUGAGACGCCGUCGCCGGUUUAAGAAAAAAGAUGCUCUCAAAGAGAAAGAGGAAGCAUUGAAGCGUCAGCAACAGCUGCAGCAAGCCCAAGAAGCGCUGGCGGCACAAGAGGCGCUCGGCUCGGCUGAUGCAUUGGGUCAAGCUCGAGACAUCAAGCCUGACGUGAAGCCACGAAUAUUCGAAUGCAGACCCAAACGGGAACCUGGAUCUGACUGUACGAGAUACGACAAACUGACUGAACCGAUGGAUGAGUUUAGCGAACCGCGAUUACCCCCGUCCGCAGUGUACUGUUCGCCGCAGCCCUACGCGCUGGCCGCCGAGGAAUUCCGAGCGGCCACGAGCGGCUGGUACGCCGCGCCCGAGCCGCCGGCGGAGCAGCUGCCCCCGGGCUUCCGCGACCUGUUCGAGCCGCCCAGCUGUCAGCUGGCGGGCUUCCGAGGCGGCUCGCCCACUCCGGACCCGUACCGGGCCUCCCCGCCGCCUCACCACCACUACCGCACGCCGGCGCCCUCCUACUACCAUCAUCAAGCGUGCGUGGCCGCCGCUCCCGCUGCUGCUCAUAAAUCCUACUGAGAUAGUGCUCUCAGGUAGAACGGAUUGAAGACAGCGGGAGGCGAAGAGCAGGGCAAUCGUGUAUAAUUUGUUACCUAUGAAUCAAAUAGGUCCUAAGUAUGGAAUGGAUGUACAAACAUGUACAGUUUUUAUGUACGAAUUUAUAGUCUAGGCUGUUUGUGACUAUUCCAAUAAACAUUGAACUGUUCCGAGAACAAGACAAAUCAAGAUAAGGCCAUCAAUAGAUGACAUAAUACAUUAUACCUAUUACCCAUCUACUUGUGAUACACACGUUCACAUUGUGCAAUGGUCCAACGGGAACCUAAGACGGGAAUC